GAUGUCCCGCAAGCCGGCGGGCAAGGCCCGGGCUGGCCCCGGAGCCAGGAGGGGACGGCGGCCCCGGCAGCCCCUCGCCUCACCGGCUCCGGACACCGGCUCGGGCGGGGGGGGCCUCGCCAGGCAGCUCCGAGCUCUUGGUCUCAAGCUGCGGGAAGUGCCAGGCGAUGGCAAUUGUUUGUUUCGGGCCCUGGGUGACCAGCUGGAGGGGCACUCAAGGAACCACCUCAGACACCGCCAGGAAACCGUGGAUUUCAUGAUCAAGCAACGGGAGGACUUUGAGCCUUUUGUGGAGGAUGACGUGCCCUUUGAGAAGCAUGUUACCAACUUGGCCAAGCCUGGUACCUUUGCUGGCAAUGAUGCUAUUGUGGCCUUUGCAAGGAACAAUCAAUUGAAUGUUGUUAUUCAUCAGCUUAAUGCUCCUUUGUGGCAGAUUCAGGGCACAGACCAAAGCAACGUGAGGGAGCUGCACAUUGCGUAUCGUUACGGAGAGCACUACGACAGCGUGAGGAGGAUCAGUGAUGACUCUGCAGCUCCAGCCUGUCUUCAGAUGGAGAUGCUUUGCAAAAAUGAUUUGAAAAAGGAGGAGGAAGUGAAGACACAGAAGGGUGACUCUGAAGAGAAGAAUGAAGUGGAAGUGGAAGAUGCUAUACAAAAAGUGUGCAAUGCAACUGGGUGUUCAGACAUUGAUUUGGUAAGCAGGAUUCUGGAAGUGGAAGACUACAAUAUAGAAUCAGCAACAUUUGCCAUCUUGCAAGUGAAGGAAGUGGAAAAAAUCACUCUGUUGUUGGUAGGUGCUGAGGAGCAGUGUGAUCCCCAGAGCCAGGAUCAGAAAUGGUAUAAAAAAACUCUGCGGGAGGAGAACGGAACUGGUUCAAGAAUCUUUGGAAGUGGGAGUUUGCGUCAAGAUAAAAUAGAACCCAAGAAAGGACAGACUAGAUCUGAUGGAGAGAAUCAAGCUAGCAGAAGUCAGAAGGUGUGUAACAAACAGAAGAAGGAACAGCAGCGGCUGGAGAAAAAGAAGCGGCAGGAAGGAAGACACCGACAAAAGGUGUUGGCCAACAAGAGUGACUGUGCAGAGAGCAGCAGGGCAGGGACAGACUCAACCAACCAGGUCACCUUGGUGAAGGCUGUGGCAGCUCUAAACAUAUGACUGAAUGUGUUCUGAGUGCCCUGGGGAGAAAAGCAAAUAAAGCUGGUGAAGACAGAAUUCCACUUCAGCAGAUUUCCAAGCACCCAUUGUUACCUUCAAAUCCAUUUCUGUGGGGAUCUCUAAGCAGACAUUCACUUCCUGUUUCCUCUGUUGUGAGGUGAACAAUUAGUAAUUCUGCAUCAGCCUGUGUGUGAGAAGUUCUUUGAACUUAACAAAAAAGAGAGACAUGAUUUUAUAGUUCUGGAGUUAGAUGAAGGUGAGGACCUUUUCCUCACACAGCACUAUCAGAUUUCCUUUGAGGUCUCUUGAUGUGCUUAGAUGAUUAUUUUUUUAUAGCACCUUUUUACUUGGUUAUGCUUGGAGGAGCUUUAUCUUCCCUUGCUGUCAGGGAAAGCUUAAUAGUUCUCAACUCAGGAAUAUUUAAUUUUUUUUUUCUAUUUAAAUAAAUGAAGGGAACAGAAUCCCAGAGCCUUGUCCAAAGUGAAGUGUGUCAGCCAGCAGUGCAUCAAAUAUGAGAUUCCUCUUUUUUUCCCCAUGCAAGAAGGCAGUGAGAAGUUUUGAUGUAACUAGAACUGCUUGUGUUGUUGCACUGGGCUGUUCCAGGGAGAAUGAGAUUGCUGCCACCAUGCUUGCUUCUUGCUCAAGUUGCAGAUCAGCUCAUUUGCUAGCUGUUUGAGGGGAAAAAAACAGAAUAUCAGUGGACUGCUGAGGCUGCAGAGCUGAUUCAUUCAACCUGGCGAAGUCUGAUGAGGUAGUAAAAUAUGACAUGAGCAGAUGUGAGAGUUCUGUUGAGUGUUGUUACUUGGACAUCUGGAAUCUCGUCUCCUUUGCCAUCCUCUGGAGCUUUUGGGCUAAUUCAGAGCUUUACUCCGAGCCAGGAACUUGAUAGUUGUUAGUCUAUGAGUGAAAUUGGUAUAGCCAAAGGAUCAAGAGUCCUGGGAACAAGCUUCCAAGUUGUGGUGAUCACUGGGAACCCUGCCUACUUCACUCUUUAUAAGUCAGGCCUUUUCCAGAGUAGGAUUUUUUCCAUCUUAAAUUCCUCUUAGGUAAGGUCAUCAAGAACUAUAGAAUGUACAGCUUGGGUCCUGGGAUCCUUCCUGCUGUAGAAUUGGGAAUUUGGACUGAAGUGUAAGACCUGUGGGACCUGGCCCUUCAUUUAUGACUUUGCAGUGUUUCAGCUUCACUCAGGUUUUUGGACUUGUAUCAAGCCCUAAGCUUGAAGAGAGCACAUGUGCACUUACACACACAAUAGAUAACAGGAGACACCUCAUCAGCCAGGGCAGAGAUAAAAUAGAUUGCUUGAAAAUAAAGAACAUUGCUCUUGAAAAAACAUCUAUGCUGCCUUUCCAACUGUUCCAAAUCAGCAGGGAAGUAUAAAUGCCUUUUUUGACUGAACUGCCAAGAUCUGAGCUAGUACUACUUCAUAUACUCUGCUACUGCUUAUCAGGAGCAUUUGAAGAAUAAAAGAAGGAAACUCUUAAGUACUGGUGCUGUAGGAGAGCAGGCUUUAGUGUUGGUAAAGAAGCUCCUUUGGUUCCUGUAAUGAGAUUGGCAGAAAUAAAAAGUCACACAAAGCAGCUCUUGGGCUUUAUGGUGGGACAUAGUGUCUGGUAAGUGAAGCAGAGUGUUAAGGUCUGCUCCAAGAGCCAGUGGUAGGUGUGAGUAACCACUGUGGAGGGAAGUCUGAGCAGUAUUUUCUAAGUAGGAAGAGCAUGGAUAAGCCUGGAAUUCCAGUACUAUUCUUAAAGUGGAAAAUUACUUUGGUAAAAUCCAUUUUAUGCCGACCUUAGAUAGGCUGUUGUUAGCAGUGUUGCUUCCUGGAUUUCUUUUUCUCCAAAAGGGUCACUUUUAGAGUAGUUGAAAGAAUGGUAAGUUGUAGCUUCAUGGGGAGAAAGUGCAAAUCUCUUCACUGGUGUGAUGAGUUGAAGGCACUGGCCAUGGCAAGGGGGCUCAGGUCACCUCUGUCUUUGCCCAGCCGUAUUCUGAUUUGAAAGGUGAGAAGGGUCUGCAAGUUUGAAAAGAUGGUAAGAAUCUGCAGUUGUACAUUAUGAAUUACAUGUUUGAUCUUAAUUAACUGCUUUUUUGUCUUCCUGAGCCAGACCUGAUAGAGGAUUAUUGUUGCUCAGCCUGGAGAGCUGUGAGGGGAGUUGUCCUGUAGGCAGGAAGCUUGAGCAUCUGUGGGUGUGAAGGGACCUGCAAAACCUCAUUUCAGCCUGUCCAGGAUAAACAGCCAGGGCUGCAACAGCAACACAUCUUAGACAGGGAUUGAUCUUCAGCUUUUUGCCUCUGAUACCUGUAACCAAAUAUGUGGCUGAAAAAGCUUUUAUUUCCAAGUAUCCUAUGAUAAAAACAAUGUCUUAAUGUGCUGGGCUCAUGAA